AAGGGAGUUUUAAAGUAUUUCAUCAUGGAUCUAUGCCAUUGUUCUAGAAUAAAGGUAUAAUUAACUAGAAAAGGGGCUAUCUUAAGCUGAUACACAUCACCAACAUGACAUCUGGUGCAUCUGUGACAUGCUAUGCUACCACCUGACUUUGGCCAUCCCUAGCUGCACCGACGCUACGCCAUGUUUUCUGUGGUUAGUGCCGGCGCCUUUGACGUCCUGCCCAAAAGCUCUCGACUUUGUAGCUGGCCGGCCACUAACCCCGCAAGCUAAACGCCAGAACAAAGACUUCCAUCUUAAAUAGUUUCCAGUUCUUUUGAAAUUAUCUGGACAGCUAAAGUGUCCACUUAUUUUACAAAAUGUGAGUAAUUUCGCCAGCUUUUGGAACUUGAUACUUUAAUUUACAGCAUGCAAAAGGGUACACGAGUAAAAACUACUCCAUAUAUUCGUUACCAGACUGUCACUGUUUCAUGUCAUUUAAUUGGAGCCUUCGAGGGUAGUCGAGUCAGUCACUUGCCUCCUAAGGAAAUUUACGGUACUCCUCUGAAAACGUACGUCGUGCUGAACUAUAGUGUGUCCGGCUAUUCUCAUUGCCGGCCAAGCCUUUUUCUUCUACUCUUUUUGGCAUGGAACUCAAUACGUGCCAAAGAUAAUCCAUGACUAAAAAUGAUUUUAGUCAAGAAAAAACAUAGUAUCUCUUUUCAUGUUCAUGUCCCUACCCUGUUAACCUCUCUAUAUAUUUUCCUAUCAGCUCAACUGUUCAAGUUGGUGCAUGCAUACAGCACAAUGCUUUGAAAUGUAUGCUUAGUUUAAUACUCCUACGUGAUUGAUGUGCUCAUUAAUUGUACUAGAUAGAAUCAGACCAUAUGUGACUCACUGCCUCACCCUAGCUUAGUACUUGCAACUUUGCUUUGCUCCUACUCAGUGUUCACGGAUAACCCGGUCUGACUUUUCAUCAACUAGACCAAACUCUUUCGUAAUUCAGAUUCCCUAUGCGCAUUUCUUACAUGUAGAGUGUCUUCUCCAUUUCGUACCAUGCAUGGUCAACUCGAUCCCUCUGAACAUUUUUUGCGGCUGCAGCCACACAUCAUCACCCUGGAUGGCUGCAUAUCAUAGCGACAUAGCGUGCAUGCAAAUUUAUAUAUCACAGAAAAGAUCAAAACAACACAUCCUAUGGCUCGUCGUCGUAACUCCAAUUCACGUCUCUACUUACACGUAAAUUGUACAUGAUAUAUGUCAAGUGUCAACGUCUGAUUUGGCCUCCGUAGAUUGCAGAAUCACUGCAGUGAGAUCUGUGUAUCAAUCUAUACAUACGGCGUGCCCAUUUGCACGAGACAAUGAGCGUCGUCGUGUGAAAUUAUAGCUCGACAGCCAUGAAGAAGAGCAGAGAAGGUAACCUGAAGCAUGUCAAGGGUUCGCUCUGCCUCGUCCCGCCUCUACUUCUCGCGGUGUUCUUCUACCUGCAGUUCCAGACGCUGGGCCUCUUCUCCCCGAUCUUCCGGUGCGGUGGCCAGUCCGCCGGCGGCGGCGGCGGCGACGACUACGUCGACCGACUGCGAGCCUCGGCCACGUUCCUCCCGCUGAAGGACACGCGGGAGUGGGCCGAGACGUGGUUCAUCAGCACGCUCGACGACACGUCGGAGCCGGAGGGCGAGGCCAAGAACAUCGUCUUCCCGUCCGCGGCCUCCGCCGGCCGCCUCCUCUGCAUGUCGGCGCCGUCACGCCGUGACGGCACCAGGAACGCCUACGCGCUCGCGUGGCGCGACGCGCUCCCGGGCGGCGCGGAGCUCAGGCCGGGCCUCGCGUACGUGUCCGAGACGGCGUACGACCACAGCAACCUGUGGCACGGCAUCUCGGCGCUCAUCCCGUUCGCGUCGUGGCACGCGAGGAGCGGGUGCAGGGCGAGGCCCGCGAGGUGGGCGCUGUUCCACCACGGCGAGGUGAGGCUCGGGAUGAGCCCGUGGCUGACGUCGCUGGCCGAGGCGACCACCGGCGUGGGAAUGGUUGUCGAGACGUUCAACGCGUCCGACGUCCCCGUGUGCUUCGAGGAGGCGGUGGUGUUCAGGCGGAACAUGGCCGGGAUGACCCGGGAGCGGCUUCUCGCGGCGUUCGACUUCAUGCGGUGCAAGGCCAGGGCGCAGUGCGGCGUGGUGGCGGACGUCUCCGACCCCGACUCCGCCGCCGUGCGCGUCACCAUCCUGUUCCGCACGGGCGCGCGGGCGUUCAAGGACGAGGCCGCAGUCACGCGCGUCUUCAAGAGCGAGUGCGCGCGCGUCGCCGGCUGCGCGCUCACCACGGCGCGCUCCGACAACCUGACCUUCUGCGACCAGGUGAAGUUGAUGAGCGGGACGGACGUGCUGAUCUCGUCGCACGGGGCGCAGAUGACGAAUCUGGUGUUCAUGGACAGGAACAGCAGCAUCAUGGAGUUCUACCCCAAGGGGUGGCGAGAGAGGGCGGGAGGCGGGCAGUUCGUGUACCGGUGGGGCGCGGACAGGUCGGGGAUGCGGCACGAGGGCUCGUGGUGGGAUCCCCACGGCGAGCCGUGCCCCGGCUCGCCGGACAUCCUCAGCUGCUACAAGAACCGCCAGAUCGGCCACGACGAGGCCUACUUCGCGCAGUGGGCGGCCAGGGUGUUCGCGGCGGCCAAGGAGCGCAAGGCCGGCGGCUCGCCGGCGUCCACGCGGCGACGAGAAGCGCCGACGUGCCAGUGCAGCUAACUGAAGUAUGAUCAGUUAAUGAUCAAGUUGCAUUGGGUCGUGAUUCGUGAAGCUUUACGUGCACGCUGGUGGCAUGCAGGGAGCCAGGGAUGAUAAUUCAAUGGUCUGAUUAAUAUUGUGUUAUACCUUAUAUAUACUUGUAUCUGAAUAAGCAACCUGAAAAAUGCAACUGUAACUCUUGAUCCGAGCAUUUUUUUAGGUGGACAAAAGAUAAUUGCUCUAUUUUCAUUUUUCUUUAAUUUUAUAAAGAUAGCGAAACA